AGCCCUUUGCCCCUUUGCAAGGGAAACACAACUGAGCAAGCAGUUAUAGGCUUAUAGCGGGAGAACAAAAACUGGGAAAUGGAAAUGGAGGCUUUUGAGUCGCAGACGAAUCGAAGAUAGUCCGUCACCUUGUUCCUUCCGGCGAAGAUUGAUCGGGGGUCGAUUGAUUCCGUUUUUUUCCAGAGAGGAUCCGUGGAGACAGAGGGGAAGAUCGGAGAGAGAGAUCGGCGGCUGAGGUAAAAUUUGACAGUGUGCUUCGCAGUUAGCUAGCGGCGAUCGGAAGUGGAAGCUCGGGAGCCGGCGUCGUGGCAUCGUGGCUCGGUCACUGAAUCUCACUGCUUUUCUCUCGCUCGCCGGUGUUUCGAGGCCUCAGGUUUUUUUCUGAGGACUCGUUUAUGAUGUUUCAAAAGGUGUAACGCGGACCUUGAGGGCUGUCAAUGUGAUACAUUUGACUUAGUUUUGGGUCAGAAAGGCAUAAAAAACGGUGGGAAGGAGAACAAACAGAAAAGGAAAGAGGGUAACAGUGGUGCGCGGCUGCCAUGAGGAGCAGCAAUGAUGGUAAUUCAAACUUGGAUUCGAGAUUCAGCCAAACCCUCAAGAAUGUUCAAGGGAUGCUCAAAGGACGUAGUAUUCCGGGUAAAGUCUUGCUAACCAGGAGGUCGCCAGCAGAGGAGGCAAGUUUACAAGAAUAUUCUCCUACCUUUCAAAGAAGCUUUUCUGAAAAUGAUGCUGGUACAAGCAAUCGGACUGACACAUCGAAGGAAGAGGAUGAGUGGACUGCAAAGAAGCCAACUAGUAGUUCCAUUGCCAACAAACUGAAACCUAGUACCCCCAGUAUCGAAGUUUCAUCUGGAGAAGUUCAGAAGUCCAGUGUGGGUGCUAGAGCUACCAAUUCUGCAAGAGUUGCAAAGUUCACCAAAGAAUUAUCAGGAGCAACUGUAAUGUUAGAUAAACUUCGUGAGUUAUCUUGGAGUGGUGUACCUCCAUAUAUGCGCCCAGAAGUUUGGAGGCUUCUCUUGGGAUAUGCACCAUCUAAUUCAGAUAGGAGGGAGGUAGUUCUGAGAAGGAAGCGGCUGGAGUAUUUUGAAUGCGUCGCUCAAUUUUAUGACAUCCCUGAUUCCGAACGUUCAGAUGAUGAAGUCAACAUGCUUCGCCAGAUUUCUGUUGACUGCCCAAGAACCGUGCCUGAUGUUACAUUCUUUCAGCAGCCACAAGUUCAGAAGUCCUUAGAGCGCAUUCUGUAUACAUGGGCUAUUCGGCAUCCAGCAAGUGGAUAUGUUCAGGGUAUAAAUGAUCUUGCCACACCGUUUCUGAUUGUUUUCUUGUCCGAACACUUAGAGGGAGAUAUAGAUAGUUGGUCUAUUAGUGAUCUCCCUCUGGAGAAGAUCUUCGAUGUCGAAGCCGAUUGUUACUGGUGUCUGUCAAAGUUACUGGAUGGCAUGCAAGAUCAUUACACAUUUGCUCAGCCGGGGAUACAGAGGCUCGUGUUUAGGCUAAAAGAGUUGGUUAGGCGCAUUGAUGAAUCCCUUUCAGCACACAUGGAGGAGCAAGGGCUUGAAUUUCUUCAAUUUGCAUUUCGGUGGUUCAAUUGUCUGUUGAUUCGUGAGAUCCCUUUCAAUCUUGUUACCCGACUGUGGGACACGUACCUUGCUGAAGGAGAUGCAUUGCCCGAUUUCCUUAUCUACAUUUUCACUAGCUUUCUUCUGACGUGGUCGGACAAGCUUCAGAAGCUCGAUUUCCAGGAGCUGGUAAUGUUCCUCCAGCACCUGCCGACCAAUAACUGGACGGACCAGGAGCUCGAGAUGGUCCUCUCCCGAGCUUACAUGUGGCACAGCAUGUUCAACAAUUGUCCCAGCCACUUGGCCAGCUAGGACUGCGACGACUACGUUGCGAUCUUGUUUAUUUCCCUGAGCGCUGAUUUGCUUCCCUGAGCUACAAGGGGGGAAAAAGAAAAGAGUUCCAUAGUAAUGAAUGAGAGGCUUUUUUCCGGUUUGUGUGUGUGUUCUUGAAAGAUUAGAGAAAUCAUCCCAAAGUUGUGUAUUGCCCUUCCGUUUUUUUUCAGUCUCCCCUCAGGUGUCUUGCUGUAAUAUUUUUGUAUCCUUCUCUUGUACACUAAAAACUCAGUUCUCGCUUUGUAUCGAUCUAACAGACGAUCGAAACCAUUCAAACUUGCUGUGCCAUACCCAUAAUAGAAUUAUCAUCGUGAUCAUAAGCUUUCCGACUGAUCAACGGUUA